AUGGAUUUGUCGCCACUGUUUGUUAACAAACUGACAUUAACAAGUCAACUCAUCCCACUGAAUUUGACCAAAUACCACCUCAAGGUGAAGUGGGAAGACAGUGCACAAAAGAUCAACGGAAACAUUAUGAUUGCACUCUACGCUGCUCGCCGAGAGAUGGACAAGAACUACAUCACGUACUUUUACCCCGUCACGGGGAAAGACACAUACACCUUUGAUAAAGAGCUUCCGAGGGGGUUCUACGACGUGCGCGUCCUCUCAUACACGCGUGGUAUAACAUACACGUACCAGCGGUUAUUCACAAUCGACGAAUUUUUUGUUGGCGAGCCCUAUGAAGAGAAGUUUGAAUUGGUCGUCGACGCAUUCCCAGAUCGAUCGGAAAUUUUAGUUAAAAUUAACGCCCCAGCCGAUGAGGGUGAUUUCAUUGGAAUGUUUGCGAGAGAAACCGUUUCGAUGAAGGACAACUACAUGAUUGGGCUCGGUAACACCAUUUUUGGGGAAGGAAACCUCCAGAGGUUCUUCCCUGUCAACAAGGCUCAGCUUGGCGACAUCAAUGGAAAGGAGUUCCAGGUCAGGUUUUUCAAGAAAGAUUGCGAGAUCGUCAAUGGGAUAGACACAAAUCGGAUGCCGUUUGCGUUUUCUAAUUACUUUAAAUUUGAGACGAACUAA